AUGUCUUAUCAUUUAUGGCCUGACACCUAUGACUUAGCUUUUCGUUUGUACAACCAUUCGGUUGGAACUCACCGAUCUGAUUUAGAUGUGCUGGACAUAAGUGUAGCAGACAAAAGCGCCAAGUUAAUUGGAUUUGAUCCAUUUACAGGUUAUUUUUGUUAUUUAUUUAUGUCUUAUAUUUGUCUGUUAGCUAACGUUUUUGUCCGUCUUUCUGUUUUGCUCUUACUAAAUUACUUUUUUCAGGAAGAUACCAACUACUUAUCAUGCAAGCGGAUAUAAAUACACCAAUCAAACCUGUUGUGCGAGAAUUGGCUGAAUGUGACAUCGAUGAGAUCAGGAAGAAUCAAAAAUUUGCGACUAUCAGUUAUCCGAAAGUAAUCACCAUCAAACUUUUGCACGCUCUUCCUCCACUCGGUCUGGUUGCAUUCAACUGCGAACACAAAAAAUCCAUUGAUCUCGAGAAACAGUUACAGUUAGUUUUUCAUGCAUCUUACGUUUAAUUCAUUGAACGACCCGGGUAAAUGCAAUUAUUAUUUCAGAAAUGUCGCUACUAAGUUCAAGCAAGCUCUCAUAGGAGAUAUACUUCCGGGUGCAAUUCUUCUUCGAAAACAGGAUGAUAGGUACUAUCGUGUGAUGGUAAUUGGCCAAGUUGGUGACAAAUACGAAUUAUUAUUGCUUGAUCAUGCGAAGAAAGGAUCCAGUAGACUCGAAAAAUUGUUCUUGUUGAAGCCGGAAAUUGAUUUAUCAAAUUUUCCCAGCGCACUCAUGAUCUGUCGAAUUCGUGGUUUCCGAAAGCUCAACAAAUGUGCAUUCAGCGAAUUCAAAAAUCAAAUUGAUAAGCAUGGUCCGCAAGAAAAAGUGAAAGCGGUGGUUUUUGAACAAGAUGAGGUUUGGUUGGAAAAUUGUGUCUAAACCUUACAACAUUUUUUUGUAGGUUAACAACAUGGUGAUCGACUUCAAAGGGUUUUCCGGUGCGAAAAUAACUGCAAGUGAAGAAAUAUCGAUUUCUAUGAAUGACGACGGAGACCAAAAAGAUCCACAAUUGAUCCCAUUGAAUGCCAUUGAAAUAAUGCAAAUCUCGCCAAUUUCUGAUGUUCAAAUGAGUACAGCAACUCUGAAUAAUCCGUACGUUCUGAACCUGAAGUUCAGAUUUUUCAAUAUUAUUUCAGAAUUCGUAUGUUUGAUGUGCCACCUCAGCCAACUCGUCCGGCUUCAGUUUCAACAACAACUGGAUGGAGAAAACUUCAUCUUCCACCAGCAUCUGCAGAUAUGAGUUUGGAUAAUGCAAAAAAUGCAAAAAUUCCAUUCGGAAAACAAUCGACCGCAAAGGAAAAUGUUUUUCCAAAUGGAACCAGUUCUUCAGGAUUGGGAAAGAAAAUAUCGCUUUUUGGUAUCCAAUCGACUCAACCUGCUGAUUCUGAAAUCGUUUCAAAAUCUAGUUUUCUUUCAAAUCCUGUAAAAGUGAGUUAGAUAAAAAUUGGAUUCAUGCUAAAUUGUCUCUUUCCAGGAUUCUUUGAACACGGAAUCUGGAUUUUCCGCGAAAUCGAACACAGAAGCUGGAUUUGAUGCGAAUUUGAAAAGAGAAUCUGGAUUUCUCGCGAAAUCGAACACAGAAGCUGGAUUUGAUGCGAAUUUGAAAAGGGAAUCUGGAUUUCUCGCGAAAUCGAACACAGAAGCUGGAUUUGAUGCGAAUUUGAAAAGGGAAUCUGGAUUUCUCGCGAAAUCGAACACAGAAGCUGGAUUUGCCGCAAAAUCAAAAGCUGUCACAUUCUCGGACGAGGUUUGUUACAAGCUCACAAUAAAUUGAGAUUUCCGUGAAUUUCAGACUGUCGAAUCAACCGCAAGCAAUGUUCAAAGUUCAAUUGGCCACAAUGAAGCAUUUUUAUCUUCGCCGACUGACAAAAAAGUUGUAAUUCAGGAUUGUCCAAAUGGAAACGCCAGCAUGGAAAAAUUCCUCAAAUUGAGAAAAAACACCGGCGAAAGUUCGUCUUUCGGUCCGCCAACUUCUGUUCAUGUUGAACCGGUUUGUUUGAAUGUUGAGCCACCAAUGGUCUAUGAUGAAGGAGACGAGACCGAUACCGAAUUAUCAUUGGAUACCAGAGAGGUUAGAAAAAGUUGAGGUCAAUCUAUUUAAUGAAUUCAAUUUUCCAGACAACAACCGAGAGAAGCACGAGAGGCGUCAUGGAAUCCGGAGAAAUUGUGAGUUUUAUUAGGAUUUAUCAAAGGGAAGACAUUUUUAUCGUUUUCAGACUCCUUGCGAAGAACAAGACAUCCCUGAAAGAUCCAUAAGUGUUCCAGAAUCCCAUUCGCCUUUUGCUGUAAGUGAACAUAUUAAAUUUUUUGAAUUGGAGAAAAAUUUAGGCGAAUGCUGAUAUACCUAAUGUGUCCGACGACCUUUUGCCAUUUGAAACAGACGAUGGAAUUUCUGAUGUCCAAAAGGAUGACUCCGAAGUUUUCGGCAAUCGUUCGAUUGUAAAAAGUGUAUGUUUUUUUUAAUAUUUAGUCCUUGAUUGGUUUAAUUUUUCAUACAGCCAUCUGACGAAGAUACCGCACAGAAACCGGAAUUCUUCGAGAAAAUUGAGAAGAAGGAAGUGUGCCCCAUCGAACAAUUAAAAGAGACGAUUGAAAACGCAAUCAAUGAUAAAAAUGAUUGGAACUUCCAUUUGAAUAUGUUGACAAUUCUCAUGGUAAGUUGAAUUGGGAAUAAUUAACUCUAGAAACCUAUAAUUAAUAAAAAAAUCAAUUACAGAAUGCUUCAUCUAGCAAAUCCGACGAAGAAUCACAAACAUGGAAAGAUCUCGCCAAAUUCGCUCAUCAGAUGUUUGCCGAUUCAAUCAAACAAUCCUAA